AUGGGAUUUGAAGACAAGAAACAGAGUCACACUCGGUCCAAGAGCUGGACUAUUCCUGAAAAGAAAAAGCUUGAAGAGGAUAAUAGCAUUGAUCCUUCUUUAAAUGCUGCUUCUCAACGCUUCAAGCUUGACUUACCUCGUUGCUGUGAUAAAUCUGUUGAACCAAAGAAGAAUCUAUCGCCUGAUGUUAAAGUCCAAAGCUCUCUGAAGCAAGAGAUUCAAGAGCUUGAGAAAAGAUUACAAAACCAGUUUGAUGUUCGUGGCUCUUUAGAGAAGGCAUUAGGCUAUAAAACACCUUCUGGAAAUAUCAAUGACUCUACUCCAAAGCCUCCAACAGAGUUGAUCAAAGAAAUCGCAGUGCUAGAGCUAGAAGUUUCGCAUUUGGAACAGUAUCUUCUAUCUCUGUACCGUAGAGCAUUUGAUCAAUCUUCUGUGUCUCCAACAUCGAAGCAACAGAGCUCUACUUCACCUAAAUCCACUCUCAGAGGCAAACGUCUAGACUUCUCAAGAACACCUGAGCCUCGGUGUUUCUCCUUUGACAACAGGCUGAAGAGUCAAGAACCAGAUUCUCCUAGUCUUAGAUGCAGACAAGAACUCUCAGCCACGGAGUCUCGGUGUGUCUCAUUUGACAAAAGACUCAAGGAACCAAAUUCUGCUCCUCAAGAACACUCAAGAACCGAUUCUCAAGGCUUCUCCUUUGACAACAGACUGCAAGAACCAGUUUCUGCUGCUCGGAAGUUCAAUCAAGAAAACUCAACAAUCGAUUCUCGGUGCUUCUCAUUCGACAAUAGACUGAAAGAUCAAUGCUUUACAGAGAAAGAGGACAUUGACUCAUGUGUUCGCCGUUGUCAAUCCACUCUUAACCAACGUUCCACUUUCAAUAACCGAAUAUCUCCACCAGAAGACUCAUUAUUCGUCUGCCACUCCCAACCAUUGUCCAUUAAAGAAUACGUACAAAAUGGAUCAAACACUGCAAGUCUUGCAGAGCACAUGGGGACUCGGAUAUCAGAUCACAUCUUCAUGACUCCAAACAAGUUAUCAGAGGAAAUGAUAAAGUGUGUAUCAUCUAUAUACUCCAAGCUCGCUGAUCCUCCAUCGAUAAACCAUGGUUUCUCGUCCCCAAGCUCAUCUCCAUCAUCAACAAGCGAGUUUUCGCCUCAAGAACAGUAUGAUAUGUGGAGUCCAAGCUUCAGGAAAAACUCUUCUUUCGAUGACCAGUUUGAAUUCAGCGGACCUUAUAGCUCAAUGAUAGAAGUGUCACAGAUUCAUCGAAACCAUAGGAAAGGACGUGAGCUUGACCUCAUGAAUCGGAACUUCAGCUUUCUUAUUAAGCAACUAGAGAAUGUUGAUCCAAGAAAUCUUACACAUCAAGAGAAACUUGCGUUCUGGAUUAACAUACAUAACGCUCUUGUGAUGCAUACAUUUCUUGCAAAUGGAAUUCCACAGAACAAUGGCAAGCGGUUUUUACUGCUCUCUAAGCCAGCUUACAACAUAGGAGGUCGCAUUGUUAGCGUAGAAGCGAUACAAAACUAUAUUCUUCGCAUCAAAAUGCCUCGUCCUGGCCAAUGGCUGAAGUUAUUACUCAUUCCAAGAAAGUUCAGAACCGGAGAUGAGCAUCAAGAAUAUUCACUUGAGCAUUCCGAGCCGCUCUUAUACUUUGCUCUUUGUUCAGGCAACCAUUCUGAUCCAGCGAUUCGUGUUUAUACGCCCAAGGGAAUAUACCAAGAGCUAGAAACAGCAAAAGAAGAGUACAUUCGAGCAACGUUUGGGGUUAAGAAAGAUCAGAAACUAGUCUUGCCAAAGAUCAUUGAAUCUUUUAGCAAAGAGUCAGGUUUGAGUCAAGUGGCAUUGAUGGAGAUGAUUCAAGAAUGUCUUCCCGAGACAAUGAAGAAAACUAUUAAGAAACUUAACUCGGGGAGAUCAAGAAAGAGCAUUGUUGAAUGGACGCCUCAUAGCUUCGUGUUUCGGUAUUUGAUAUCAAGAGAACUUGUUAGAUGA